GUUAAAUGUUCAUUUAGUAGAGCAGGAGUGAAAAAAUACUGUUUCAACUUGAAAUGCUAGAAGAUUGUUGUUCUUGUGUUACUCAUUCAUGCAAAUUGGAGAAGGUAUAAUUGAAACAAGGUUGGCAGUGUUUGAGGCAGAGUGCUGCAGCCGAGCUCAGCUUCAAGGUCGCUGGAAAUCAAGUGCUUUGUAAGCGAAGGCACUUUGACUACAAGCGAUUCAAAAUAUUUGGAAACGUCAGUCUCUGGAAUGUCGUCUUUUUCUUUCUAUGAUAGCUGGUAUCUAAGGUUUUACUUAGGAUAAAGACUGCUACUUAAGAGCUCUUUUAGGCACCACAAAUGAUUUUUUCCUUCGAUGCUGGGCAGCUGCUGCUAGCCUGUCUACCGACAGAGAUCUUUGUCAUGACUUUCAGCCCUUAACAUGUUUGGAAAUGAGAACAAAUGGCACAAAGCUUACGAUUGCACUUUGCAGCCCGAAGAAGCAAUACUUAUCCUUUGUCAGAAAGCUCCGGAGAUGAUUUGGAUAGCAAUGUUCACAUGUGCUUCAAAAGACCAACCCGGAUUUCAGCGUCUAAUGUUGUUCAAAUGAAGCUGACUCCUAGACAGACUGCACUAGCUCCGUUAAUACAGGAAAACCUUAAGUCUCAGGAAAGAUCAUCUGUUCCUUCACCUGAAAAUGUAAAUAAAAAGAGCAGCUGUCUGCAGAUUUCGCUACAGCCGACAAGGUACGGUGGAUGUCUUCAGCCUAACAAUGUCUUAGCUGAUGGGGAUGAUGCUUCGUUGACAUGUGUCUUCAAGGACGGCAUUUACAACAAUGCUGUGGCUGAUAAUGAACUGAAUGCUGUGAGUGAUGGUAACCUUGUAAGCGGUUCUGCCCUUCGCAGCGGUAGCCUUAGUAACUUUUACACCAGUGAGAAUGGGUCUUACAGCAGCAACGGUAGUGAUUAUGGAUCAUGUACAAGUAUCACAAGUGGUGGUUCCUACACAAACAGUAUCAUCAGUGACAGCAGUGGUUAUACUCUUCCACCAACUGACGAUAGUUUUUUGGGUGGAAAUCUACCUUCUGAUGGCACCUCCAAUAGAAAUGUGCCAAACAGGAAUACUAUUCCAUGUGAAAUUUUUUCAAGAAGUCCAAGUACUGUUCCUUUUGUCCAGGAGGACUUGGAGCGUGGACUAGAAAUUAUGAAAUUGCCAGUGAGCAGGAACUCAAAAAUUCCACUGAAACGUUGUUCAUCUUUAGUCAUUUUUCCUAGGAGUCCUUCAAAUACCCCACCAACUUCUCCAACAAGUACAGAUAUUCUUCCAAGCAAAGGAUCCUAUCAAACCUCACACCAGUUUAUUAUUUCUCCUAGUGAAAUUGCCCACAGUGAAGAUGGGACGAGUGCUAAGGCAUUUCUUUCCACAGCUGUCAAUGGACUUCGGUUAUCUAAAACAAUGUGUACUCCCGGAGAAGUAAGAGACAUAAGACCACUUCACAGGAAGGGCUCAUUACAAAAGAAAAUUGCUAUUGCAAAUAAUAGUCCGAAUCAGACUGUCUGUGAAAAGUCAUCCGAAGGAUAUUCUUGUGUCUCAGUGCAUUUCAGCCAACAAAUAGCAACUACAUUAGAUUGUGAAACAGCAAAUGGUGAUUGUAAACCAGAGAUGUCAGAAAUGAAGCUUAAUUCUGAUUCAGAGUGCAUUAAACUUAGGCAGAGGACAUCUGCACGUUUACCAUCCUCUCAAAACAUAGAUUACCAAAUAAAUAUCAAUGGACAGUUGGAAAGACCAAAUUUACAGAUAAACAAAAACUAUGCUAUUUUACAAAGAAGUAUUUCAUUGGGAGGAACUUAUCCAAAUGUUUCCUGUUUAUCCAGCCUUAAGCACAAUUGUUCUAAGGGGGGACCAUCACAAUUACUCAUAAAGUUUGCAUCUGGAAAUGAAGAUAAAGUUGAUAACUUAUCAAGAGACAGUAACAGAGAUUUCACAAAUGAACUAUCUAAUUCUUUAAACCAUUCUUGUAAGCCUGGCUGGGUUAUUUUGGACCAACCAGAUGCUGCUUGCCAUUUGCAGCAGCAACAAGAACCUUCUCCUCUACCUCCAGGAUGGGAAGAGAGGCAGGAUAUUCUUGGAAGGACCUACUAUGUAAACCACGAAUCUAGAAGAACACAGUGGAAAAGACCAACCCCUCAGGACAACCUAACAGAUGCUGAGAAUGGUAACAUGCAACUGCAAGCACAGCGUGCAUUUACCACCAGGCGGCAGAUAUCUGAGGAGACAGAAAGUGUGGAUAAUCGAGAAUCUUCCGAGAACUGGGAGAUUAUAAGAGAAGAUGAAGCCACCAUGUAUAGCAAUCAGGCCUUCCCAUCACCUCCAGCAUCAAAUAACUUGGAUGUUCAGACUCAUCUUGCAGAAGAAUUGAAUGCCAGAUUCACAAUUUGUAGAAAUUCAGCCACCGGCCAGCCAGUAUCCAGCUCGAAUCAUUCCAGCAGAAGAGGCAGCUUACAAGCCUAUACUUUUGAGGAACAGCCUACACUUCCUGUGCUUUUGCCUACUUCAUCUGGAUUACCCCCAGGUUGGGAAGAAAAACAAGAUGAAAGAGGAAGAUCAUAUUAUGUAGAUCACAAUUCCAGAACUACCACCUGGACAAAGCCCAUGGUACAGACCACAGCCGAGACCAGUCAGCUGCGGUCAGGCCAGAGUUCGGCGUGCCCUCAACCGCACGUCCCCACGAGUGAUUCAGCACAGCAGGUGACCCAGCCGUCUGAAACGGAGCAAGGAUUCCUUCCUAAAGGCUGGGAAGUCCGGCACGCACCCAAUGGGAGGCCUUUCUUUAUUGACCACAACACCAAAACCACUACCUGGGAAGAUCCAAGACUGAAAAUUCCAGCUCAUCUUAGAGGAAAGACAUCACUUGAUUCUUCCAAUGAUCUGGGGCCUUUACCUCCAGGAUGGGAAGAAAGAACUCAUACAGAUGGAAGAAUCUUCUACAUAAAUCACAAUAUAAAAAGAACACAAUGGGAAGAUCCUCGGUUGCAAAAUGUAGCAAUAACUGGACCAGCAGUGCCCUACUCCAGGGAUUACAAAAGAAAGUAUGAGUUCUUCCGACGAAAGAUGAAGAAGCAGAAUGACAUUCCAAACAAAUUUGAAAUGAAACUUCGUCGUGCAACUGUCCUUGAGGACUCUUACAGGAGAAUUAUGGGUGUCAAGAGAGCAGAUUUCCUCAAGGCUCGGCUGUGGAUCGAGUUUGACGGUGAAAAGGGGUUGGAUUACGGAGGAGUUGCCAGAGAAUGGUUCUUCCUGAUCUCAAAGGAAAUGUUUAACCCUUAUUAUGGGUUGUUUGAAUAUUCUGCCACGGAUAAUUAUACCCUACAGAUAAAUCCAAACUCCGGAUUGUGUAAUGAGGAUCACCUCUCCUACUUCAAGUUUAUUGGCCGGGUAGCUGGAAUGGCAGUUUAUCAUGGCAAACUGUUGGAUGGUUUUUUCAUCCGCCCGUUUUACAAGAUGAUGCUACACAAACCAAUAACACUUCAUGAUAUGGAAUCAGUGGAUAGUGAAUAUUACAAUUCACUAAGAUGGAUUCUUGAAAAUGAUCCAACAGAAUUGGACCUCAGGUUUGUCAUAGAUGAGGAGCUUUUUGGACAGACACAUCAACACGAGUUGAAAAUCGGCGGAUCAGAAAUAGUUGUUACCAAUAAGAACAAAAAGGAAUAUAUUUAUCUUGUAAUACAGUGGCGAUUUGUAAAUCGAAUCCAGAAGCAAAUGGCUGCAUUUAAAGAGGGAUUUUUCGAACUAAUACCACAGGAUCUCAUUAAAAUUUUUGACGAAAACGAACUAGAGCUUCUUAUGUGUGGAUUGGGAGAUGUUGAUGUGAAUGACUGGAGAGAACACACAAAGUAUAAGAAUGGCUACGGUGUGAAUCAUCAAGUCAUACAGUGGUUUUGGAAGGCUGUUCUAAUGAUGGAUUCAGAAAAAAGAAUAAGAUUACUUCAGUUUGUCACUGGCACCUCUCGAGUGCCCAUGAAUGGAUUUGCUGAACUAUAUGGCUCAAAUGGACCACAGUCAUUUACAGUUGAACAGUGGGGUACCCCGGAAAAGCUGCCACGAGCCCACACAUGCUUUAACCGCUUGGACUUGCCGCCCUAUGAAUCAUUUGAAGAAUUAUGGGAUAAACUUCAGAUGGCAAUUGAGAAUACUCAGGGCUUUGAUGGCGUCGAUUAGAUUCCAAAUAACAAUCUAGAGUGUUUCACUGCCACUUUUGUAUAAGCAAAAUCUUGACUUAAAAUUUUCCAGGGAACUACUAAAACUUGGCCUUUGUUUCUUCCCAGAUAGUGGAGAAAAGUCAUAUAAAAGCAUUAGAAGAAACAGUUUGACAACCUUACCAUUAUUUCAUUCACUUUUACAACAGUAUGUUGCAUUGACACAGCUGUUUCUUUCUAUCUUUAGAGUUCCCACUCUAGGAUUUAAAUCCCACGUGCCUGAAAUAGUGAGUUGUGUCCUUAACAUUUACCUCUUUUAUAGUAUUUGCCAGGCAGAUCUUCCUUAAACUACUGAAAUUAUAACUGUGAAAUAUUUGUGAUAAGUGUCAUGUGUGAAAAGUUGGAUGCUUUUUGAGAAGGAAAACUGAAAUUUGGAAAAGAAUACUUUAAUACUGAUUAAACUACAAUAUACUUCAUGCUGCCUACAGCUAUUAUUCUGUAGACCUGCCUACUGCACCUUACUG